GGUCCUUCCCCAUUUUCGGUAGGAAAAUCCACGCCCACCAUGGAUAUUAAUUUGUUCCAUGCCUCCACCGGCCAUGUAAACGAAUUCUUGAUGCGUGAAACGGCCAAGCAGCAGGGCGUACGACUGGUGAGGGAGAUGCAGCCGUGUGUGGGCUGCGUGGAGGCCAAGGACGGGCGGGCACCGGUGCCGCGGCGUGGCACCCACGCGGCGGUACCGUUCGGCAAAGUCCACGUCGACCUCACGGGCCCGUCCUCUGACGCGCUGGACGGCUCCCGGUACCUGAUCAUGUUCGUGGACAGCGCAUCGCGGUGGCAACGGGGGUACGGGAUGCGGGCCAAGAGCUACACCCUGAAGUUCGUGCAGUGGUUCCUCGCCGACAUGAACGGCAUCGGCACUCCGGGGUGUUUCCGCAUGGACAACGGCGGCGAGUUCACCGGCUCCGCGUUUACAUCGUUCUGCUGCGCUGCUGGCAUUUGGCGCGAGUACACCGCCCCCGACGCCUCCAAGCAAAACGCGGUGGUCGAGAGCGCCGUAUGGCUCGCCAUGAAGGGGGGUCACGCCGCGCGCCGCCACAUCCUCGCCAUGGGCCACGUCGACCUCUCUUCCAUCCCCAACAUCGGCGUCAACGGACAUCGCCUGUGGCUCGCGUCGGCGCUGUGGGCAUCCGCCUGAUUCAACCGCUCCGCAACGAAGGCCAACCUGGGCUGGAUGUCGCCGUUCGAGACGUUCUUCGGCCGGAAGCCGCCCCUCACCGUCGUCUCUUUUUCCAGG